UCCACACCCCCCCCCUCUCCUUCCAGGUUGGUUCAGCCCCCGUCUACUCUGGGGUGGUGCUUAGCCGGCGCCAGACCGACCCUCGACUUCGGAGGGGCAGCGCCGUUCCUCUGGGAGCUUCUUCGGCGGCCGCUUCGGCUCCGUCGGCCUCUUCAGCCUCCUCAGCCUCCGCCGGGACCCGAGACGUCGGUGUAUGCCCCACCCCUGACCCCGCUAGAGAUAUGUCCACCCCGGCUCGGCGGCGCCUCAUGCGGGACUUCAAGAGGUUGCAGGAGGAUCCUCCGGCUGGAGUCAGCGGGGCUCCGUCCGAGAACAACAUAAUGGUUUGGAACGCGGUCAUUUUCGGGCCCGAAGGGACCCCGUUUGAGGAUGGAACAUUCAAGCUUACAAUAGAAUUCACUGAAGAGUAUCCAAAUAAGCCACCCACGGUUAGAUUUGUCUCUAAGAUGUUCCAUCCAAAUGUCUAUGCAGAUGGUAGUAUAUGUCUGGACAUACUUCAGAACCGUUGGAGUCCAACCUAUGACGUGUCUUCCAUUUUAACAUCCAUACAGUCUCUAUUGGAUGAACCCAAUCCCAAUAGCCCAGCGAACAGCCAGGCUGCUCAGCUGUACCAGGAGAACAAGCGGGAAUAUGAAAAACGUGUCUCUGCGAUAGUAGAACAGAGCUGGCGUGAUUGUUGACCCGGGUGCAGCGAAAGAAGAGGCCGGUCAAGAGAAAAAUCUAUAGCGAUGUGUUUGUCACCUCCCUAUUCUUCAGUGUCAUUACAUUUACUUUAUUAAAAGCAAAAUAGCUGUUGUGCUGUUUCCAUCUUCCCUUGCCAAGCUUUUCCUACCCCUUCUCCCCUCUCCUUGAACAUCAGAAAACACCCUCUAGGAGAUCAAAUGUACUGUACCUGGGUUACGUGCGAAAUUGACUAAUGCUCAACUCCUUUUCUGUUGUGUCUCAUCUCCAGUUUUAGGGCAGGAUUGUGCUACUGUGCUUUACACUGAGCUUUUAAAGUGAACCGUUACACAAGUGGUGCUUGCGCACAGCUCGAUGACCAGGAUGUUAUUUUUAACAAAAUGACUGCUGAAGUGUUUCAUCCUGGCCGGCCCUUCACUCGUGUUGGAUGUAGGCGCGAAUGUUUGCAAUAUGGCCUAUGGAAAACGGGGGAACACAUCCAUGUAAACACCCAUUUUGAAAGAGCAGUGGAAGCCCCACACGCUAGGAUGGUAAGGUCCGACCGGUACGAAUGACAAGAUGGUCUUUACCGGUAGGAAGGGAACGGUCAGUGAAAGGGCUCCGCCCCAGGCGCGCAGCGAUCGCCGUAACUGACACGUCCUCUCCUUGCGGGAUGCUCGCCGGGCUCACCCAUGCUAAGUUUCAGAAGACCUAGAGGUUUAAUCAGCCCAAGGAAGGGAGCCUGUCUGUGGCAAACUGUUUUUCCACUCGACUCCUGAGUUCAUGCUGCAUGCUUUUAGUUUCUUCGUCCCUUUCAGUAUUAUAAGAACCUUAAUGUUCUUUCUGUGGAUAUUUAUACUUUAGAUAGUACGUUUCAGCAGCAGCGUGGGACAAGGCUUGUACAUGUUUCGUCUACUGUUCCAUCGUCCCCUUUUGUGCAUUCGUCACUCCUCUAAAUCAAACUUUGCACAAGUAACCCAUGUAAAAAAAUGUACAUUUUUCAAAACUUGUAAAUAAAACUAACCUUAAAAUUUUGUAGUCAAGGUAUAAUUAUAUUUUAGCUCACUAUGAACUUUUAGUAUUAACUUAUUGGAAUCUCACAGCUACUCACUUUCCCCCUUGAAAUAAACAUGGUGAAAGCAAAAUCACAACACUCUGCGAGAGGAACAAGAGGAGUAGAUCUUGUUGGAGAGGACCUUCUUUCUUGUCAUAAGUGUUAAUGCUCUGUUCUCUUUUUAACGUUUUAACAAGAAUGUAAACCUGUUAAAUAAAACGAAGUUCCUUCA